AUGACGGCCGGCGCUGUUGUCGGUGAAGCACCAUUAGGAUACUCAUAUCCCAAACCAGCCAAAAGUUUUGGUUUUGGACCUUCUUCAGGUGGUUCAGGAGGAAGGCUAUCGGGUAGUUUCGGUGGAGGAUCAUCCGGCAGUGUAAGCCCCGGGCUUGCCGGCAUAACCAGCGCUAGAUUUGUUUCUCUCGGAAGCGGAGGAUCCGGCGGUAGUUCUUAUUCUUCGGGCAGUGGAGGCUUCUCCGGUGGUGCUUCAGGAGGAUACUCCAGUGGCGGUUCAACAGGAGGAUCGUCUAGUCGGUUUGGAUCAUCUGGCAUUACCAGCGCCAGAGUGAUAGCCAUCGGCGGAGGAAGCUCGGCUGGAGGAUCGCUCUCUGGUGGCUCUGGAUACUCUGGUGGUUCGUCAAGCAGCUCUGGUGGAGCUUUAUCGGGCGGUUCUAUUGGAGGACUAUCUGGUAUCACCAGCGCAAGAAUUAUUUCUAUUGGAAGUGGAAGUUCAACUGGAGGAUCUUCAUCUGCCAGCAGCGGCCUUUCUGGUGGCUUUUCAUCAAGUGGAUCUAGUGCAGCAUUGUCAGGUGGUUCAGGUGGAGGUGUAACAGUUCUUCAGGGUGCGAGAGUAUACGUUCUCAGUAACAGUGGUUCUGCUGGAGGAUUUAGUGGUGCUUCCAAUGGAGGAUCAUUUUCCGCUGGGCAUGGUGGUGCCACUGGCGGAUUAUCAAGUGGAUCCAGUGGUUCUGGAGCUGGAAUUUCAGUACUUACCGGAAAAUUGAUUGUGUUGAACAAUGGUAAUUCCCUCCAAGGGCUAUCCAGUAACAUUGGUGGAUCCGGUAGUUCGGGAGCUGCAUUAUCCAGUGGUGGAACUAGUGGCCUCUCUGGAGCUUCUCUCGGAGGAUCUGGCAAUUCCGACAUACGAAUAAUAAUUCUUAAUGGGUCCGUAACUGGUAGAACUUUGAAUGGUGGAUCGCAAAGUGCGACAUCUUCGGGAUCUCUUGGUUUGUCUCAAUCACUUUCAGCCCCAUCGAUCAGUGCUCCAGUGCAAUCAGGAUUCCGGCCAUCAGCAUCACCUUUUGGUUCAUAUUCACCACCAGCUGCCCCCGCCUAUCAUGGCCCAAGACCAUUGUUGAGAAUACCACUACGACAUUAG